CACCAAUUCCACAAAUAAUGGUUGCGUCGGUGCUGGAGGAAGAAGUCAGCGCUGAUGAAAUUUGCGGUGAAAUUGUGGAUGACAACAAAGGCGAAAUCUCAGCACUGCAAGCGAAUCUUGAGGUUGAAGAAGCGGACAAAGAAGGAGAACUGGAACAGAAUCGAGAAAUAACAUAUACAAAAGAAGUGGAUUUGCAGCAGAAUGUUGAAGAAACUUCUGGGUUUGCUAUUAGCGAAGCUCAAGCGCAUGCAGCCGAGGAGCACAUCACCGAGGGCGCAACAAUAACGGCCAGGAAGAAGGUUAUACCGCAACAUGUGUCACCAGCGGAGGAAAGUGUUGAGGGAGUGGAGGCCAGUGAACUGGACAUUCAAGAACCUGAUCAAGCCGGAGCG